CCCUCUCACUCUCGAGGCCCGUUGUCAGUUGCAAAGCCCGCAAAAGUUCUCUCGUUCCACCAUCAUUGCGAGUUGGUUCAAGAUCCUGCAGCAAGAGUUUGCCCCGUGUGCGUGUGUGACCGGUGCCGGUUGUUCCGUGGUUUAACUUCCUGUUUUCCCACUUGCGCUUCGAUUCGUUUUUUGUUGCCGAAAGCAAGUGGAAUCUGGGUGGAAAGAAGUUAGUUCGAAAACCGGUCGGGAGGAAGCAGAAGAAGAUUGUUUUGUGCGCCUGCAGCCCGUUGAGAGCAAGCGAGUGAGACAGCUAGAACGGCACCAACAAGAAGGUGGAAAGAAUAAGAGGCCAUCCGCAGCAGCAGCAGAAGGUCCUUGCGAGGCUCGUCGAGAACUUAAAGGUGCCAAAAAUCGCAGCCGCCGUUCCAGACUUCCGUUGAGCUGGUCCGGAAUCCGGAAUAAAUUUUCAAGUUAGAGUGAAACACGGGGCGACAAGCAAGCGCGGAAGAUGAGUUCCGUCAAACCGGACGACAAGGCUAGCGACAUCCCGGAGAAGCUGUACGAUGCCAGCUCCAAAAAGACGUACAAGAGGCUGCGGUUCUUCGGCAAGGGCGGCUUCGCGAAAUGCUACGAGAUCAUGGACGUGGUUUCGGGCGAGGUGUUCGCCGGCAAGAUCGUCUCGAAGAAGCUGAUGAUGAAGCACAACCAAAAGGAGAAAAUGACCCAGGAGAUCACGAUCCACCGGUCGCUCAACCACAAGAACGUCGUCGGCUUCCACAGCUACUUUGACGAUCCGCAGAACAUCUACAUCGUGCUGGAGCUGUGCAAGAAGCGGUCGAUGAUGGAGCUGCACAAGCGCCGUAAGAUCAUCACCGAUUACGAGUGCCGGUACUACAUCCACCAGGUGCUGACGGGAGUCAAGUAUUUGCACGAUAAGCACAUCAUCCACCGAGAUUUGAAGCUGGGCAAUCUGUUCCUGAACGACGAGCUGCACGUCAAGAUCGGUGACUUUGGGUUGGCCACCAAAAUUGAGUACGAAGGGGAACGCAAGAAGACGCUGUGCGGAACGCCGAACUACAUCGCGCCGGAGAUUCUGAACAAGAAGGGCCACAGCUACGAGGUCGACAUUUGGUCGAUCGGUUGCGUCAUGUACACGCUGCUCGUUGGCCAGCCACCGUUCGAGACCAAGAGUCUGAAGGAUACGUACACAAAGAUCCGCAAGUGCGACUAUCGUAUCCCGACGACUCUGCGGUCGACCGCGGCCGAAAUGAUCUGCUCGAUGCUGCAGUCCGAUCCGAUCAAGCGGCCGAACGUCACCUCGCUGUUUGAUUUCGAGUUCAUCACCGGCAGCUACAUUCCCAGCUCGCUUCCCAUUUCCUGUCUCACGAUGGCGCCCCGCGCUGACCAGCUCGAGAACGCGGACCGCAUGGGUAGGAAACCACUGUCCGAAGUUAACGACGACACCCGAUUCGAGUCGUCGUUCCUCAAGAACAACCUGCACGAUGCCAUCACCGCUUCCGGAACCAUGUCGCGGCACAACGAGGGCUACCGAACCGACAUCGAGAACCUGUACAAGGAACUGAGCAAACUGAUUGCCUCGAAGCCGCCGAAGCUGGCGGUCAAUCUCGACGAUGAAAACACCGAUCCGGCGGUGCAGCCCCUGUUCUGGGUGUCCAAGUGGGUCGACUACAGCGACAAGUACGGCUUCGGGUAUCAGCUGUGCGACGAAGGCAUGGGAGUCAUGUUCAACGACACCACCAAGCUGAUCAUGCUCGCCAACGGACUCAAUGUCCACUUUAUCGAUAAGGAGGGCACCGAAACGUACAUGGACAUUCACAACUACCCGCCGCAGAUGGAGAAGAAAAUGAAGCUGCUGUCGUACUUCAAGCGCUACAUGACGGAACACUUGGUGAAAGCCGGUGCCGCCGCGGUCAACGUCGAAAGCGACCAGCUUUCGCGUAUUCCCCAUCUGCACACCUGGUUCCGCACGAUGUGUGCGGUCGUGAUGCAUCUGACCAACGGAACCGUCCAGCUCAACUUCUCCGACCACCAGAAGAUCAUCCUGUGUCCGCUGAUGCGAGCCGUCACGCUCAUGGACAGCAACAAGCACUUCCGGACGUACCGGUUCUCCACCAUCCAGGAGCAGGGCUGCUCGAGUGAUCUGUACCAGAAGAUCCGAUACGCCCACGAGAAGCUGAAGAAACUGCUGGAGAAGCUCACCUAAGCGAUUCGGACUAAAUUAGCUUAGUUUCGUACCGCCGUCACCCCCCUUCCCCCCCUCACGCCCUGUGUUAAAGUUGAUGCUGAGCGCGACUCGGCCAGGGGUCCGCAUCAAAAUAUUUGACUGUUUUUUUUUUACACUUCGCGAUGCUACUUUUGAUGGCGAUCGCGCACGAUACAAGAGAGAAAGAAAGAGAGAAAUGCCUAGGUGUGUCGAGAAAGCGAGUGCGAAAGAAAGAGAAAGAGAGUAUACUUUUUUUUAGUUAACGGAUGACAUUAUCUUUAGUAUGUUUCUUUAAGUAAGGUUAUGACAUUUUUUUGCUUCGUAAUAAAACACAAAUGUUCAAGAGAAAAAUGGGCACGCUUUUCAUGCUUGAGAACCGCGCGGCCGGAAGCGCCAGUCGAACUUAACUUAAAACAGUGAUGAAUAUAAAAAAAAAAAAAACAAAACAAAACGCGGCAAAAUCACAACACACGACGAGGAAAACGUUCAGUAUUCAAAGAAAGGAGAGAACUGUGCCUUACCCACACACCCACACACUUGCAACAAUCGAAAUUCGCACGACAGAUUUAAGCUAGAGAGAGAGAAAGCAAGAGAUUAUAAAAACUUAAACCCAACAAGAACAAACGGUUUUCCCGAUUCGUGGAAAACGAAACGCGCGCCCAGGGUUACACGGUCAGAUUUAUACGUUCGUAAGGUACAAAUACACGCAGGACUAUUGCCGAGGAAAUAGCUACGGAGGACUGGUUGUUUUAUACGGAUGUUAGGCUCAAACGUUGUAGAUAAAAUGAUCCAUUAGAAUAAACGUGCAUUUUUGAGUAGGACAACGA